GUCAUUAAUGUCUACGGUGAAGAUAUAUACACUGGCACCGCUCAGGUUCCGCCAUACGGUGGUAUAUGGUAUGCGUGUAGUAACUUUAGUACAACUUAUAUAAGUUACAGUCUACGCGUUUCCAACACAUCGUUGAAUGUAACUCCCGGUUUCAUCGGCACGACUGUACCUGGAAAAGCGCCAUACGACAUUCCUAAAUAUCUUCCUGCGCUUAUAACUUAUCAAUUGACUGCCGGAAACGCGACAAUUUUUGCCUCCAACAGUUCGAAGUUUGAUUACAUUCCAUCGUUAUCCUGUUAUCAACAACCAGUUCAAUCUUGUGAUCAAGAUGUUGGUGAUUUACCACUGGACGACAAUCUUUCCCAAUGCUUGGCGUUACAAAAUCCAACUGGUCAAAUAGUUUAUUUCAAUUUGAGUAUUAGUUGGGUUAAAAGUGUGUUUAACAACGGCUUUACAAGUCCCGACGUUCCAGGAGGACAUGAAAAUAUAAAAAGCAUUGCGAGUUCUAACAAUCAAGUUUAUGGACUUGCACAAUCCUUGAUUUGUAUUUUUAUUGUUCUUAUGUUUAGCAAAUUUUCUUAUUAG